UCCAGGGGAAUACAUAGGCAUUCUCAACGUUUAGUAAGGAAUAACGCCGAAAGCCGUGAGUAUAUAAGCUUCCCCGGGAUCAGGGUGUCACUGUAGCUGGAACCAGCAGCGGUUGCGUUCUGCACUCUGAGCUUCGUCUAGGACAGGAACCACCUAAGAACCCACCAAAAUGUGCGACGACGAGGAGACUACCGCCUUGGUGUGCGACAAUGGUUCAGGACUUGUGAAGGCUGGCUUUGCCGGCGACGACGCCCCCAGGGCUGUCUUCCCCUCCAUUGUCGGCCGCCCUCGUCACCAGGGUGUCAUGGUGGGUAUGGGUCAGAAGGACUCCUACGUAGGAGAUGAAGCUCAGAGCAAGAGGGGUAUCCUCACUCUGAAGUACCCCAUCGAGCACGGUAUCAUCACCAACUGGGACGACAUGGAGAAGAUCUGGCACCACACCUUCUACAACGAGCUCCGCGUGGCCCCCGAGGAGCACCCUACCCUGCUCACUGAGGCCCCACUGAACCCCAAGGCUAACCGCGAAAAGAUGACCCAGAUCAUGUUUGAGACCUUCAACGUGCCAGCUAUGUAUGUGGCCAUCCAGGCUGUGCUGUCCCUGUACGCUUCUGGCCGUACCACUGGUAUUGUGCUGGACUCUGGUGAUGGUGUCACCCACAACGUCCCCAUCUAUGAGGGUUAUGCCCUGCCCCACGCCAUCAUGCGUCUGGAUCUGGCUGGUCGCGAUCUGACUGAUUACCUCAUGAAGAUCCUGACCGAGCGUGGCUACUCCUUCGUCACAACCGCUGAGCGUGAGAUCGUGCGUGACAUCAAGGAGAAGCUGUGCUAUGUGGCCCUGGACUUCGAGAACGAGAUGGCCACCGCCGCCUCCUCCUCCUCCCUGGAGAAGAGCUACGAGUUGCCCGACGGUCAGGUCAUCACCAUCGGCAACGAGCGUUUCCGUUGUCCCGAGACCCUCUUCCAGCCUUCCUUCAUUGGUAUGGAGUCCGCUGGUAUUCAUGAGACCGCCUACAACAGCAUCAUGAAGUGCGACAUUGACAUUAGGAAGGAUCUGUACGCCAACAACGUCUUGUCCGGUGGUACCACAAUGUACCCUGGUAUUGCUGACCGCAUGCAGAAGGAAAUCACUGCCCUGGCUCCCAGCACAAUGAAGAUCAAGAUCAUUGCCCCACCUGAGCGUAAGUACUCCGUAUGGAUCGGCGGCUCCAUCCUGGCCUCCCUGUCCACCUUCCAGCAGAUGUGGAUCACCAAGCAAGAGUACGACGAGGCAGGCCCCAGCAUCGUCCACCGCAAAUGCUUCUAAAUCCGCGGUCUUGUCCUGCGUCUACCUGCCCAGGAUCACGCUGUGGCGCCACAUUGCUGUCAUACUGCAGAUGUGUACCAAUGUAUUUUUGCAACAGCGUGUUGGCCGACGAUAAUGCCAACGAAACACCAAGAACGAGAACAAACGAGCCAUGUUAUUAAACAUGUGAAUGUAAAAUGUACAUAAAUAUUAAUUUAUUAAAGUCCAUCAUUUGCUA